AUGGCAAAGCCGGGGAAGAAAAAAGAGAAGUCGCAGAAAGAUGAAAAACAGACAAAGAUUUCAGCAUUUUUUGAGAACAAGCCCCCAAUGAAGGCAGAAGAAAGCAAGCUCUUCACUAGCGUCUAUAAUGUUCCCGUGAAAGGUGCCCAAAGACUGACCUCUGUCAAGGACAGACAUAGAGAAUUGGGAAUAGGAGCAACUUCCAAGCAUCGGGCAGCAGAAUUGGCAAAAGGUCACAACUCCAAAUUCAAACAGUCUAAGGAAAAAGAUGAUGAUGAUGUUGUCUUUAUCGAUGCUGAAGAACCAGUGCCAUGCAUGGAUGAGAAGUCAAAAGACAGAAAAACAAUUCUUUUAUGCAGAGAUGACAAAAGUGACACAUUUUGUAGAAGUUUAAAAGUUUGUGAAGAAAAUAGUAUUCACAACAUUAGCAAUACUUUAGGCUAUAAACACAGUGAAAAACAUAAUUCAGAUUCUUUGCCCAUAAAGUGUGGGUCAGAUUCAUUUUCUCAGGUCAAAAAUAGGUCGGACAAGAACCAUGUUGCAUGUUAUAGCCAGGAGGCUCACAGCUUCAGUGAUGAAGUCCUUGCAAGUGACUGUGUACAAGCAACAUCUUUUGAAACUGCUGAAGCAUCAUUUACCACUCCAACAAAGCAAGCUGUACAAGGAACCUCUUGUGAAGGAUCAGAUUCUAGUCCAGACAUUAUCUGUGAGACCCCCAAUGUUGACAGGGUUCUAGGUCCUGCAGCUGUGAGGAGAAAGAACGCUCAGGCAAGCAGAAGCUUCCUCUGCCCGAAAAACUUGUUGGGAGUUCAGCCGGGACUUAAGCCGGCACAUCUGAGAAUGAAGCAGCUGAGAGGAGCAAGUAGCUUAGCAGGGAAGGUUAGUAUUAGCUUCACACCGAGCUUACAAACAGGAGAACCUAGCGCUGGUCAACUCAGAAAUGUUUCAAUGGAUGUUGAUAUUGAUACUGUACAAAAUGAUACCACUGGUCCAACUUCUUGUCUUGGCAGUCAACUGGUAGAGCAUGCCAGCUUAACUCAUAUCAAACCAUUUCAAGACAGUCUUCAGAAAAAUAUAAAUAUGGGUAAAGAUGAGACAGCUGUCAAGGAAAAACCCGAAAUACCACACCCUGACAUGUUUUGUAUUCCAGAAACUCAGUUUUGUGAUGUUGUUCCUGAUUUAGAAACUAAAAGUGAUUCAGAAGAGGACUUUGAAGCGAAUCAAGCAGUUGGCAGAAACUGCCAGAUGAACAUACAGCCACAGUUCCAACCUACUGAUAAACUUUGGUCACCAAGACACAAAGAGGCAAUAGAACAAUACAUUAAGGAAGUUGACAGUGCCAGCUUUAAUGACCUAGAAUUCAGGCCAAAUGGAAUAAUGCACAGUAACCCCAACAAAGCAACACAAGGCUUAGCUACUGAAGUUGAUUUUAUCAGUAAUGUAAACAAGAUUGCAUCCAAAACAAGCAGUCUUCACACACAGACUGUUAGGAAUGGCACAGACCCCACUUUUGAAAUAGUAAAAACACGUUCAAAGUUAAUAGAUGCUUUGGAGGCAGCUGAUUCUAAGGCAGAAAUAAAAGAAGAGAAUCUAUGGAUGGCAGAGAGGCUAAUGAAACAUUUUUCUAGCGAUGAUUUCUCUCACAGUAUGGAAGAACAGCUGCAAGAUCCUCAGACUACUCCUGUAAAAGUGUACGGUGAGGACAAACAUGCCAUCAAAAGACAGGCUAAACCAGGCUUGUCACCUUGUUCCAAGCGGCAGCUCAAAGAUUCUUUCACUAACUUGAAAGAUGAAGCCUCUAUGUCCUCUUUGAGUAAAGGUCCUUGGCGAGACACAUUCACAAAAACACACAGUCUUGAAAGUCUUGGACCUGAUACCCGUCCAACUAAAGGCAGAUUAACAGAAAAUCGAGCAUACCAGUUUGGCUUUAAGAAAAAGGGUAAUCUUGAGAAUAGGAAGGUGACCCUGGAAAAUGACAAACUACUAUCAGAACUUUUGGGGCAGUUGAAAUCACCUAGCAAAUCUGAAAGUAAAGCUACUUCCCAUGCAUUGAAAGAAUUAAAUCCAUUUCCAAAACUUGCGUUUGACAAAGAAAGAUCCAGUGCAGCUGUAUUCAGUAAAAACAGUAAAAUGUGUAAGGAGAUGUCAGCUAAGCCUUCAGACAACAUAAAAAGUCUACUUCAGAAUGAUAUUGAAAUACUUCACCAGCUGUUCGGACAGGAUGUGCCAGAUAGUGAAGAGCCUGAACAAGAAAAUUCUACUGUGGCAAUGUGUACGGAACUUCCAGUUCUUCAACAAGAUUUUGGCAGGGAUUCCAAAGCCAGUCAUACCUUUCCCAACAAUUUUCUAACCAGUAACGAAUCAGCACAAGAAGAUGCUAUUGUUAUUUUGGAUGAUACACAAAACAUGGAUGUGGAGAAUAGUGAAUGCUUUAUCGUCGAAGACAACUCAGAUAACUGUCUUGGAAACCCAUCCAGGACAGCUGAAUCACACAAAACAUGUGAAUCACAUGAAGCCCCUGAACCAUCCAGUGUCUUUGAAUCACAUAAUAUUCCUGAAUCACAGGACAGUCACACAGCUUCACACAAAAUAACUGAAAGACACCCCGAUCUCAACCAGACAACUGAAACAUUGCCUGUGAUAGAAACAUACAAUACAAAAGAGAUAUUGUUGCCAGAUAGCACUCCACACAUCUCAUAUGAUUUUACUUCCAAACCAUUCAAGGCCACAUCUCCUCUAAAUGUGAUAACUGAAUGUGAUAAACAUUACACAGGCUUGGAACAUAAACCAAGUGACAGAAAUAAACAGACAACUGUUUCAAAUUUCCCAUACACAAUGAUUUCAGAAGCAUCUAGUCAACAGUAUGUCAGUAUUAGAGAAUGUGCUGCAGAGGAAAGUAGACAAGCUGCACAAAUGUCACACAAUUCUGACUUCACUAAGGGGGAUUUUGAUGAUGACUCCACAUGGAAUAUUAACAGCACAAUAAGAACCACCGAUUUAUCAACAGAAUUCAAAUUUACAGACCUUUGGAACCGGUUCACUGUACUUGAUGUCGUUCAUGAUAGAGCAAAGGAUGAGGUCUGUCUGACAUUGGCAUGUAGCAGGACAAGAACAGUUUCCCACUGCAAUCUGAGAGGAUUUUGGACAGACACUGUUGUCUGUAAAGAUGACACUGUCAACAUUGUGGGGAGUUUCAACAACAACCUUUGCAUUAUCGAUGACAAACAUGGCCUCGUUAUAGUCAACCCUGACCUACUGCUGUCCGGGACAUUGGUUGUGUCUUCAACAUUCUGUGCUCGCAAGUCAGUGCUAAAUGAGAAGUUUAAGGGGGUGGAUGGUGGGAACAUCCAGAUGCUCCACGGCAGUGUCAUUCACAGCUUAUUUCAGUCUGUGCUCAAGGAGGGUGUCAGGGAUGAGAAGGCUAUCUGGAAAAUGGCUGUAGCCCUGCUCAGAUCUAACAAGUUCCUCCAUGAAAUGUACAGCCAGGGUGUACAGGAUGGGAGUGUCAUGGAGGAGAUAGGUCAGUAUAUUCCUUCGCUGAUCUCAUGGUUGACCAAACAUACCCCAGCACCUGGUCAAGCUGGUAGAGCCAGACUGAAAGAGUCGGAUGUGCUCAUACAAGAGAUACAUGAUAUUGAGGAGAACAUCUGGUCCCCUAGGUUUGGCCUGAAAGGCAAAAUUGACGUGACUGUGAAAGCCAGGUUAAGGAAACCAAAUAAUGUUGAAGAAGUCAAGAUUUUACCUCUUGAACUGAAGACAGGAAAAGCCAGUUUUUCUCAUGAACAUAAUGGCCAGGUGAUGCUGUAUUCAAUGAUGUCAUCAGACCGAAGGGAGGACCCAGAAGAAGGCAUCCUACUGUAUCUCAAACAUGGACAGAUGGAGACAGUACCAGUGAAACCACAGUCUCAGUCUGGACUUAUACAGUUGAGAAAUAAUUUGGCUCACUAUCUGGCACAAGGAGUUCGGCAAGAGACAACAGCAACAGGUCAGCUGACUUACCAGCUAGGUCAACUGCCUCAACCAAUCAACAAUCAGAAAGCCUGCAGCAGAUGUGCACAUCUGCUCAACUGUAGCAUCUAUCAGAGGGCAGUAGAUCAUGUUGUCCACCAGGAGAGGCAUGCAAUGAGUGUACUAGUUCCAGAGGCCCUGCAGCAUCUCACAGAGAUGGAACUCAGCUACUUCACUCACUGGAUGCUGUGUCUGGAUCUAGAACAGCAGGAGUCUCAGAAGAAACACCUCAGCCAGAUCUGGCGGGCCUCAAGUCUAGAAAGGGAAAGAAAUGGUGAGUGUUUGGGCAACUUGAUGAUUGCUGGCUCGGAGCUGGACAUUCCAGAAUCUCAGUGCUUUAAUGAAGGGAGAGGAUGUUCUCUCACGUUCACUAGAGACCCCAGCCAAUCAGGGACACCGCUAGAUACUGUCGGACUGGUGACAAAUGACAUGGUUGUUAUCAGCAGUGAAGAUGGCCGCUACAUUGCUCUAGCAACCGGCUUCGUGCGGAGAAUAUCACAUCAUGUGGUUGAGGUUGUCGUAGACAGAGAUUAUCUCCACGACACAAGCGCCUUUGCUAACCUAAGAUUCCGGCUGGACAAGAAUGAUAGUUUCAGUACUUCUGGUUAUCUGUGCACUAACUUGUCCAGAUUGAUGGAAUCAAAUCCCCGAGCAACAUAUUUACGUGAUCUAAUCAUCAAGUUAAGGCCUCCUGAGUUUGAACUUCAGUUCUCAAAGUCAAAUUUUCAGAAAGUGGCUGGAGUACUCAAACCUCUCAAUAAGCAACAGAGGAGAGCCAUACUGAAGGUUCUGAUGUGCAAGGACUAUGUACUCAUUAAAGGCUUUCCUGGAACAGGAAAGACAGCAACCAUUGUGGCGCUGGUGAAAAUCUUGCACCUGAUUGGUCAGUCAGUUCUGUUGACCAGUUACACCCAUUCUGCGGUGGACAAUAUUUUACUGAAGUUAAAAGAGAGUGACAUCCCAUUUCUACGGCUUGGUAGGAGAGGUCGCAUCCACCCAUUAAUUCUUCCACAUUCUGCCGAGGUUCUGACUUCAUCGACAGCUAUUAACACUGUGCAGGAGUUGAAGAAGUUUUACAAUUCUUAUGAUGUUGUAGCUACAAGUGCUCUAGGAGUGAACCAUCCGAUGUUCAAACAGAGACAGUUUGACUUGUGUAUCGUGGAUGAGGCAUCUCAAGUUUUGCAACCAGCAUGUUUGGGACCCCUGUUUCACUGUCGCAAGUUCGUCUUGGUUGGCGACCCAAAACAGUUGCCUCCAGUGGUGCAGAGUAGAGCUGCCAGAAAUCUUCGAAUGGAUGAAAGUUUAUUUGCCAGACUAGAUGACACUGGCGCCACCUAUGACCUGUGCCUACAGUACCGAAUGAAUAGAGUGAUCAUGGAACUGAGCAACUCUCUUGUGUAUGAGGGUAAACUUCAGUGUGGCAGCUCUUCUGUAGCAGAACAGUGUUGUCACUUCAAUGAAUCUGCUAUUCUGAACUGUCCCUCAUGGAUGAAGAAUGCCUUAAGCUGCAGUUUAGAGAGGUCCGUUGUGUUUGUGGACACUGGGAAGGUUUCCUGUGCCGAGACCUCUGAUGGCAAAGGCAUCACAAAUGUGACUGAAGCAGAGCUGGUUGUGUCUCUGGUGAGAACACUUAUCAAGGCAAAUGUCUCUGAAGAUGAAAUAGGAGUGAUCUCCCCAUACAGGUCACAGGUCAGACUGAUCAAACAGAAGAUUCUCGGCUGUGGUGAUCUGCUGAAUGUUGAAGUCAACACUGUUGACCAGUAUCAAGGAAGAGAUAAGAGCAUCAUUGCUGUUUCAUUUGUUCGUAGUCAGAGUGCAGGAGAACUUUUGAAGGAUUUGCGACGAUUAAAUGUUGCCCUCACUCGAGCUAGACACAAACUGAUUUUAAUCGGCAGUGCUUCAGCUCUAAAAUCAUAUGAGCAUGUGGCAAACAUACUGUCACAUUUAGAGGCAACAGGAAAUAUUAUAGAGGUCACAGACAUGUAA